AUGACCCUCUAUUCUUUAUUAUUUCAACAAAACGUUUCUCCAUAUUCUAUGUCUUUAUAUAAUGCGAUUUGUUCUUUACAAAAAUGCAAUGAUACUUUAAUAUCUUCAACCCUUUCGAGUUUCAAAAUAGACUGUGCAUCUGAUAUAGCUACAAAUAAUCCUUACGUUUAUGUUGUUGAACUUUUAUUUACUUUUUAUUCACCAUUAAUAAGUUCCUAUUGCUUUAAAAAUUCUACUGGAGGAUCAUGUAUUUUUAAAUAUUGGGAAGAUUACGCGUUAUAUGCUGGUGCCGGCACAGCUCAAGAUGAUAUUAAUAAUCGUAAAACUCAAUAUACUGCAAAAUAUGAAGUUCCAGACACUACAAAUGCUAUAUUUAUAAAAAAGCUAAAAAAAGGCAAUAGGAGUUCUGAAAUCGAUUAUAUUCCUACACCAGGAACAAAUUCUGAAGCUAAAGAGGCAGCUGCAGAAUUUAAAUCCUAA